GAUUAAUAAAACUUUCAGGCGAUACUACUAAACUAUAUUUUAGUUAUUUGUAUUGAAUAUGGAUAGACCGCUUGAACAUGAGAGAAAAGAGCUCGAAGAUAGUAGAAAAGUUUAUGAUCAAUCCAAUAUGAAUAAUUAUCCCGAGAAUAUAAAUUAUCAGAAUAUUAAUCAAGUUGCAUAUCAAUUUAAUCGAAACUAUCCACCUAGUAAUGAAAAUUAUAUUAGAAUAAAUCCACAUAUCAAUAAUCCGAAUAUUUAUCCAGGUUCAUAUGGUAAUCAACAUCAAAAUCCUCCUCAUAUGGUACAUGGCAUUGAAAAAGCAAAUAUGAAUGAUAUUAUGCCAGGUAUGAUAAAUUCUCCAAAUGUGAACAUUGAUUAUAUAAAACGCCCUAAUUCCCAAAAUACCUAUAACAAUUUUGCUUAUAAUAAUGCUACAAAUUCAAAUAAUUAUAAUAAUAUGCAAAAUAUGGGAUAUAAUCCAAGAAUUAUUAAUGUAACUCACUACGAUGCAUUUCCAAGACCACAGCAUAUCUACACAAAUGAUGCAUACCCUAUAAAUAAUGGUCCAGAAAAAACUAAUUGGAAUGUGCAGUCACAUAAUUACAAUAGGUAUCCAUAUUCAAAUCAAUAUCAAAAUUCUCCAAAUUUAAAUAAUAUGCAUGGCAAUUAUAAUUAUUAUCCUAAGCAAAAUGUUCAUCCUGGUAAUGUUAAUCAACCUAUAAGACCUCAACAUCAAUUUAAUGUUAAUAAUCCAAAUGCUUAUUCAAAUCCUCACAUUGAAAAUCCCAAAAUUAAUUUUCAUUUAGGUUCAAUUGAUAAUCGUGUUAAUCCACAUUCACCCCAGGUUUAUAAUACUCAUACAAUGUCACAUUCAACAUCUCAAUCUCAAAUUGUUCCAUCUAAUGUAUCCAUGCAUUCUGUGAAUAAUUUUGAUAAUCAAAAUUUAAAUAGUAUGUUGACAUCUCUACCCACCUUUGAUAAUUAUAAUGAACAUAAGACUCCAACUUUAAAUAUUGAAGUUAACAAAAUUGAAAAUAAUAUACAAGAGCAUAUGUUCGAUAAUGAAAUAAAAGAUUUAAAGGUAACAAAAACAGAUAUAAGCAAUUUAGUAAACCAACAAUGUAAUAAUCCUAAUCUUCAAAAUUCUGUUAAUGUCAAUAAUCCAAAUGUUAAUUUUUCAAAUGGCCAAUUACAUUUAUUGCGAGCUCAAAUUAUGGCUUACAAACUUUUAGCUAGAAACCAACCAGUACCAGAUAGUAUCAUGAAUUUUUUUUCUCAGAAUUUGCCAUUUACCAGAGCACCUCCUCCAUCUUUAAUAGGUAGUACAUCAUCCCAACUCAAAAUGGGACCUGUUUCUAGUAUGGCACCAAGACUGCAUAACAACUUGCUUUAUUCAUCCUUAACAUCUAACAUUUCUACUUAUCAACCAUCUACCAAUUUGAAUAAAAUUAACACUUCAUCUAUAAAAAAUGAAAACAUGAGCUAUGAAGGGGAAUCAGCUAUGAUACCAAGCAAACCUGAAAUGCAACCAAUGUCCAUGCCAACUUCUUUAACUUCCAAAUCUAUUCAACCACCACCCAUCUCACAACAAUACAAUUUCAAUAAUCAAAACACACCCAUUUCCUCAAGUCACAAUGUUAAUGCUGAUCAUAGAUUGAAUAUUUUGGCCCAACUUGUGGGAGCUCAACAACAUCAACAAAAGGUGAACAGAUUAGCUCCAGUCUCUAAGCCAUCCGGUCUAGACCCAGAGAUUAUACUGAAUGAAAGAGAAAAUAGAAUAUCUUCUAGAAUGGCCCGUCGUGUUCAAGACUUGGAAAAUCUACCCCUGGAUAUUCCGGCUGACCUACGUACUAAAGCAUUGAUAGAAUUAAAGGCCCUUCGUUUACUCAAUUAUCAGAGGCAAUUGAGGAGAGACAUACGUGAUUGCCUGAGGAAGGAGCCUCCUUUCGAUAUAAAGGACCCUUACAGUGUGAGCCUGAACCUAAAGGCUUAUAAAAGGGCCAAAAGAUUGACUCUUAGGGAAGCCAGAACAACCGAAAGGCUUGAAAAGCAGCACAAAAUGGAACAGGAAAAAAAGAGACGUCAAAAACAUCAAGACUUUUUAAAUUCCGUGAUGCAACACGCCAAAGAUUUUAAAGAUUACCAUAAACUGGUGGCUCAAAAGAUGUAUAAAUUGAACAAGACAAUCAUUACUUAUCACGCAAAUACCGAAAGAGAACAGAAAAAGGAACAGGAGCGAAUCGAAAAAGAACGGCUAAGGAGAUUGAUGGCUGAAGAUGAAGAAGGUUAUCGCAAGUUAAUCGACCAGCAAAAGGACAAACGCUUGGCCUACCUAUUGAAACAAACCGAUGAGUACAUCGAAAACCUGAUUAGCAUGGUCCAGCAACACAGAUACGAAAUAGAGGAGGUCAAAAGGACCAACAAAGAAAAAAAACGCAGACGCAGGUUGUUGCUGGCUUUACUAGCCCAGAAAAAGAAGGAAAGGAAACAGGCUAGGAAGGAAGAAAAGAGAAAGGAAUCAACUUUCGAUUCAUCCUCCUUGAAUUUUGAAUCGACUGUCGCGUUUGACGUAAAAAAUGUUAUGAAUAGUCUUUUGAAUCAAGUCGCCAAAGAUGCCCAGGCUACCACCAACGGAAAGAUUUAUCAAGUUAGGCAUAGAGUUAGGAUGGAAGAGACCAAAGAUGUUACCUCCAUGAAUGCAGCUCAAAUUGAAGAAUGGUUAUCAAUCAAUACUGAAUACGAAUUAGUGAUUGAUAAAGGAUCCACCACUCUUGAACCUGAUGCAAACGAAUCGGAAUCCGAUUUAUCGGAUGAGGAAGCAGACGAAAUAAAUAUGGACGAAAUCGAUCUGGACGAAGCUGAACUCUUAUUGGCUAACAGCAAGGCUGAAUCCGAGGAGGACAGUCAAUCGGAAGAAGAAGAUGGCGAUUCGCGAUCAGCUGAUCAUCAUCGUCCCGUGAUCGAUGUGAACGUUAAACAAAUAGAUGAUCAUGGAGAUCUGGCUGAGACUGAGGAUGCCAAAGCUAUUAUCAACAAAAGUCAACACGUAGAUGACGAGUACAUAUGUAAACCCAGCGAAAGUGGGGAAGGCAAAAAUUAUUACCAAAUAGCUCAUUAUGUCCAAGAAAAGGUGACAGAACAAGCUACCAUAUUAGUGAAUGGUAGCCUCAAGGAGUAUCAGGUCAAAGGGCUUGAAUGGAUGGUAAGUUUGCAUAAUAAUAAGUUGAAUGGAAUUCUUGCCGACGAAAUGGGAUUAGGUAAAACGAUCCAAACGAUAGCCCUUGUAACUUACCUCAUGGAACGUAAACAUAUUAACGGUCCUUUCCUUAUUAUAGUCCCUCUCUCCACUCUUUCUAAUUGGAAUUACGAGUUCGAUAAAUGGGCACCAUCUGUAAUUAGGCUCAUUUACAAAGGAUCCCCUUACGCACGUAAAUGCUUGGUUCAGCCCCUCAAGGCGGCCAAAUUCAACGUUUUACUCACAACUUACGAAUAUAUUAUCAAAGAUAAGCACGUGCUCUCCAAAAUUAAAUGGAAGUACAUGAUAAUAGACGAAGGUCAUCGCAUGAAAAAUCAUCAUUGCAAGUUGACCCAAACUCUCAAUUCCCAUUACAUUGCGCCACAUAGAAUUUUAUUGACGGGCACUCCGUUACAAAAUAAACUUCCCGAAUUAUGGGCUUUAUUAAAUUUUCUCCUCCCAAACAUUUUCAAAUGUUGUUCCACGUUCGAACAGUGGUUUAACGCUCCUUUCGCGCUGACAGGAGAAAAGGUUGAAUUGAAUGAGGAAGAAACCAUACUAAUUAUAAGGCGUCUGCACAAAGUUCUGAGACCUUUUUUGCUUAGAAGACUCAAGAAGGAAGUGGAGAGUCAACUUCCAGAUAAGAUUGAAUACGUUGUGAAAUGCGAAAUGUCGGCGCUUCAAAGAUGUUUGUACAGACACAUGCAAGCAAGGGGAGUCCUUCUCACUGAUGGGUCUGAAAGAGAUAAAAAAGGCAAAGGCGGUACAAGAACCCUCAUGAAUACAUUGAUGCAAUUAAGGAAAAUAUGCAAUCACCCCUUCAUGUUCAACCAUAUUGAAGAAACCUUCGCUGAACACAUAGGACAACCUAAUGGCAUUGUACAAGGAAUUGACCUAUUUAGAGCAGCUGGAAAAUUUGAACUUCUGGACAGAAUGUUGCCUAAAUUAAGGACAUCUGGCCAUCGAGUACUACUAUUUUGUCAAAUGACAGGAUUGAUGACUAUAAUGGAAGAUUACUUUAACUUUAGAGGUUUCAAAUAUCUUAGACUGGACGGCUCAACAAAAUCAGAUGACAGGGGUAUAUUGCUCCAAAAAUUCAACGAUACAGAACUGAAUAUAUUUUGUUUCCUGCUCAGUACAAGAGCAGGUGGACUUGGUCUUAAUCUUCAAGCUGCUGAUACAGUCGUUAUAUUCGAUUCUGAUUGGAACCCGCAUCAGGAUCUUCAAGCCUCUGACCGGGCUCACAGAAUCGGCCAAAAAAACGAAGUCCGUGUAUUUCGACUAGUAACCGUCAAUAGUGUAGAAGAAAAAAUAUUAGCAGCUGCCCGAUUUAAAUUAAAUGUGGAUGAGAAAGUCAUACAAGCUGGCAUGUUUGACCAAAAAUCGACUAGUAACGAUAGAAGAAAAUUUUUGCAAGCCAUUCUCACAACUCCAGGUACCACAGGAGGCGGUUCUGCUACUCAUGGAGAUGGUGGCUUAGACGAGACUGUCAAUGAAGAUGAAACACCCGACGAUGAGACUCUUAACCAAAUGCUGGCACGAUCCGAGGAAGAAUUCGAAUUGUUUCAACAAAUGGAUAUUGAACGGAACAGAGAGACGUUGGCUCAUACAUAUACGACUAGAAUGCUGACAGAAGAAGAGCUACCUACUUGGAUGAUAAAAAAUGAUGCAGAGGUCAAACAUAUGGUCGAACGUUUAACUUGCGAGGAUGACGAAGAUAAAAUAUUUGGUCGCGGCAAUCGCCAACGUAAAGAAAUCGAUUAUUCGGAUGCUCUCAGUGAUAAACAAUGGCUCAAGGUAUUAGAAGCGGAAUCUGACGAUGGCCAAGAUGAAGAGGGCGAAGAGGAUAUCGAUAGAACAUCCGAGUCUCGCAAUCGCAGAGCUAUGGAAAGAAAACAAACUCAAGAGAAUGAGAAAAAUGGAAUAGGCGUAGCCACAAGCGUUGGUGGUACUAGUAGUAGUCAUAAAAAGAAAAUCAGUUUUGAUGAAUCAACCGGUAGUAGCGAUAGGAAGAAAAAGCGCGGGCGCCCUCCUUUGGAAAAACUGGCACCUAACAAUAAAAAGGUUGAGAAGUCACUAAGGAUUAUACUGGAUUUGAUUCUCAAUUAUACAGAUGAGAAUGGCAUAGUUUUGAGCUCUGCGUUCAUGCAAUUGCCUUCUAAAAAGGAAAGACCCGAUUAUUACGAGGUUAUAAAGGAACCGAUGGAUUUGAAGAGAAUCAAACUUAAAAUUCAAGAAAAUAGGUACAGAACUAUGUCCGAUAUGUGUAAAGAUUUGGAACUCAUGUGUAACAACGCCCAGAUAUAUAAUAUAGAAGGAUCUAUGAUUUAUGAACACUCAGUUAUACUCCAACGCGUGUUUAGGGAUGCCAAAGACAAAAUAGCCAACAAUGUUUAUGACGAUUCGACCUCUAAUAGUAUUAACUCAUUUGGUAAAACGUCAAAUUUGAUACCUAAAAAUAUCAGAGGAACCAGUGAUAAUUACGGUUCUAGUUAUCAAAUGAACAUCAAUGAGACGGAAAGAGAUAUUAGUCGAGUUGGUUUUGGUAGCGCCAGGAGUCGAUCUGACGAUUUGUAAUGAAAAUCAGCUAUUAUGAAUUUAUUUAUUAACCAAUAUUUGAUUCUUUUCCAUAUUUUAUAUUUAAAAAAAAAUUUAUCCUUUUUUUUAUUCAUGAUCUGAGUAAGAAUUUAUAUCUUAAAAAUAGAUGCUAUGUUAUAUUUUACUACCACAUUAUAUUUUACUAUUUAUA